CACCAUUAAAUAAGUAGAAUUAUCUCAUGCAUACACUGAAUGACACAUAUCUUGCAAUUUCACUUCUAUUAUGGUGGUCAAAUGGCCAUUGAGCUGCCUAUUUUGUCCCCUAAGCUUGAUGGAAAACUAAUGAUUUAUUACAAAGAAGUCAGAAGUCAAAACACAGGAUAUAAGAGUUUAAAAUGCACACAACACAGACUAGCACUGAGCUGGGACAAUAACACUGAUAGAGCCACAAUAAAUGUGAAAUGAAAAUCAACUAUGAAGGAAAGCAAGAGUGUUUCUAUUACAUUUGAGUCUAGAUAUAUUAACCAAUUAAUUCUGAUGACAGGA